AUGGGUGAUUACGUUAGGCAGACAGUGGUGCAGUUGAAGCAGUUGCUGAGCGAGCGCGGGCUGCCCACUGAUGGGCUGAAGCAUGCCUUGAUCGCAAGGCUGGAGGAGAACGACGAGAACGCGAAGAAGCAGGCGCCAGCUGCAACGGAGCCAGAGAAAGUGGAAGCGGUGCCAGCAGCAGUGGAGCCGGAACAAGUGGCGCCGGUUGUGCAGGAGCCCCCAGCGGUUGCACAGGAGACCGCCGUUGAAGUAGCCGUCCCCUCCGGUCCUACCACUACAGUCUCAGAAGCGGCCAAGAAGGAGACCCCACAGCAGAUGCCGCCUCCUGAACAGAUCAAGAAGAUGGCAUUGGACCUUCUGAACAAGAAACUCUACCGUGCUGAGAAAUUCGGCGCGGACGAGACGCAAGCUGCAGAACUGAAGAGGUUGAUCAAUCGGGUUGAGAAGUUCGGGUUGGACAAACAAAACCCGUUGAUGGUCGAGUUGGGGCUCGUGAAGCCCAAGCCAAAGCCAAAGCCCAAGCCAGCACAGCAGGGGAAGGUCGCGAAGAAGGGCGGGAAGAACCGUGCCAACAGUAAGAGACGUUGA